CAGCCAAUCACUUUCCUACCCUCUGUUCCUUCUAGGGGUCUGGCUUUUACCUCUUGAAAGUAGGGCUUGGCUUUCUAGCCCACCUAGCAAGGCAAUGUUGCUUACAGUGAAGAGGCUGCUUGGCCAGCAGUGUCGUCUCCAGGUGUCUGGAGAGGAAAGGAUUUCUUUAGUCAAGAGUCUUGUGUCAGAACAAUUGAAUGUUCCUGCGAACCAGCAGACCCUCUUGUUCCGAGGCAAAGUACUGGAGGGAGAGCACAGAUUAUCAGACUAUCCAAUUGGGCCAGAAUCCAUUCUCUAUCUGGUCAUUAAAAAGCCAGAGCAGGUUUACCUUGAGGAACUAUCUAAACCAGCCCCUGUCCAACACCAUUCAGUGUGGUAUCAACUAUCCCAGGUCCUGAAGAAACACUUCAGAACUUCUGAUGCAGUUAGGGUUCUUGAGAGAGUACUGAAUGACUACUACAGAGACCUUGGCCAGCUGAGCCUAGAAAAUAUUGAAGAGUUAGCGGGAUGUAUUCUAAAUGUUGAAGAAGAGCCAGUGACGACAGAUGAGCUUCCAGAUCAAGAGAGCCAACCCAAGGCCCAAGUGUCUAAAAUCAUGAAGGAACAAGCAACCCAGACUGAACCAUAAGAAACCCUGGAAGAAAAGCGCUGCUGAAAGAACUCUGAGCAGACUUGCAAGUGCUUGAACUAGGAACUUCAGAAUAAACCAUGAAGAUGCAAGAAAGACACAGCCAGAGGAAUGUCUUUAUGUACCAUGGGGGAGGGGUUGAGUACAAAAAGUCAGAACUUCAGAUUGCAUAAAAAGUAGUGCUGUGCAAAAUUUU